UGAGAGGAGUGGCUUGGGUGCAGUGGAGCUUGUAAGCCCAGGGAUAAUAAAUGGCUGCUGUUUCUUCAGCACAGUUGUUAUUACUGCCCUGACCUGUAAUCAGUCUCAUGCAGCUUUAAUGCUCUUCUUCAUCUGAGAAUUUUGAUCUUCCCAUUACUCUCAUGGAAAUAAUGCUGGGUUUUGUUUUGCUCUUCCCUGAACAGUUUGAGUUUCUGUAUUUGAACUCCUGUCUGUAGUGGAAACUGCCUUGGAUAAGAGUUUUCUCCUACAAAUGACAGAUGUGAAGGUGGUUGUGCUCUGGAGGAGUUUCUGAUUCCCUUGCUGUGAGUGCUCUGUGGCACCUGCUGUGUCUGCACUGGAGGGUUAAAUGUCAUUUCAGAAGAACCUGAGGACAGCUCCAGCAGGAGAAUCCCAGAAUGGUUUAAUUUGGAAGGACCUUAAGGCUCAUCUCGUUCCAGCCCUGCCAUGGGCAGGGACACCUUCCACUAUCCCAGCCUGCUCCAAGCCCUGUCCAACCCAGCCUUGGACACUGCCAGGGAUGGGGCAGCCACAGAUUCCCUGGGAAACCUGUGCCAGGGCCUCACCAGUCUCAUUGGUGGGGUUUGGAUUACAAGCUGUGUCCUCAGAAAGGCCUUAGGGGCAUGCCAGGAGCAGAGGUGCCCUGUCACACAGGGAUGGUCUCCUCAGGUCAGUGUCCCCAGCCAGCCCUGGCUGUGACCUGGUGUCAGGAGGGAGCUGUGAGCUGCAGAUGACCCAGCAAAAUGAUGAGCUUGAGUGCAGCAUGCAGCCUGAGUGUCUUUGGGAGAGCAGAGCUCGUUUUGGGAAAUCUUACAUGUUAUUUCUUCUUGUCCUGAUGUAAGUGGGACUGCAGAGAAAGGAACAAAUGACCCAAGGCUGAAUUCACAGCAGCUAUGCAGGAGUCUCUGGUUUGAGGCAGAUCAGAUCUGUAAAUCUGCACUGUGGCUUCAGGAAACAGGACAGUGGAGAUCUGCUGCAGGCGGUGUGUUGUCACACUGCAGCAACACAGAAUCCUGUCAUGCCUGCUCCCCUGAAAGGAAUGUGUUGAACUUCCCAGCUGAGUUAUUUUGUGUCCUCUACCAGCAGGAGACAAGAUGUCAGCUGCUAGAGGACAGUAAAACCAUCUCAGAUGCAUACUAUCAUUUUCUGCUUGUCUUCAAUUAAACUGAUUAGCAGCCCUCUUUGUUGUUGAGCUCAGGCCAUUCCACAUGCUGCCAGCAUGUACUUUGGCAGCACAGGCCCUGGGAUUUCCUGCAUUGUUUGAGUCUUGGCCAUUGACCUUCGUGGUCCUCGUUCUGGCACUGCCUCUGCUCUGGCAGGGGUGCAGGGGGCAUUAUUCAAACCCUGCAAGAAAAGAGAGAGAAUUGCUUUAAAGGCAUUGAGGGCUCUUUGUGCUCAGUGUCUCCAUGGGGUCAUCGCUGCAGAAAAGAGGGGAAUUACUGGGGUUGUCAGGAUAAUUACUGCUUUUUUAGUGUUCUCAGCCCAGGCCAGAUGACAGUGCUGAGAUUUAUAGUGAGUCAUAAAAAGAUGCCAUCAGUGCUGUGUUAGGUGGUGUCCCUUUUGGACAGAGGGGGGAGAAACCUGGGUUUGGUUUGUUUUGGGAAGUCUCAUGGGCACUGCUAUGCCCUGGAUCUUUCCCAGCUCUGUACUGGGAGGCUGUUCUGCUGGAGAGGCUGGUGGGAUUGUGCUGGAGCCCUGUUGCAGCCCAUGCUGUGGGUGCUGGUUGUGAGAAGAUCCCCCUCUCCAUCUGCUGGAGAUGCAGGGACACAGGAGCCAGCUGCCCCAGCACAGGGGAGGUCACAUAACUCACUCCUGCCACUGUCCCCAUCUCUGUGGCCCAGUAAAUCAUUUGCUCAGCCUGAGCCUGGAGUCUUGUACCUUGAACCUGCUCAAGGCCUGGUGCACUAAAGGAGCAAUGCUCAGCUCAGGGCAGAGGCUGAAAGCACCACUUGAUCUCUUGUUCCCCUUUCCAUGUGGAGCCUUCCCACCCAUCAGGUGCCUGCUGCUGGUCUGGGAACAGCCAGGCUCGUGUAGCUGUCCCUGGUGUGGCUGGUGGGCUGAUGAGAAGGGCAGAUGAAGUCCUUGGAGUAAGAUCUUUGGAAUAAGAUGCAACUUCUGCAUUAUUGAUUUGUUUGCAUGGUAUUGUGCAGGUUGAAUUAAAUUAUCUGGAGUGAGAUCCUAUACUUGAUGUAGAACAAAUGCCAGAGUGCUCAGGUGGGAGUAAAUGCUUUUAAGUCCAGCAGGCUUUGAGGUUAAGGGGUUGGCAGUGCCAGGCUGACCUGCUGAUUCUGUGCCUCAGGGCUGCCUUGCCAUGGAUCUGUCCCCCUGUGAUUUGUCCCCAGAAGAGAAGAGGCCUCUGCAGUGGGACAGGGACAGCCUGGGGAGCCACAGCUGCUUGAAUGAGCUGAGCCUCCCCAGGGUGACUCAUCUUGUGUUUCACAGAACCUGUAAAUGAGCUUGGGUAGAAACGUGAGACACAUGAGCCCUGUUGCUGUUGAAAUCCCAUGCUCUGCACUGUGUUGGUGCUGACUUUAAAGCUCUUUUCUGCUGGGGAAGUAAAUGGCUGCAGUGGACAACCCAGACACGUGACUGCUGGGGCACAGUCAUGGAAAAUUGGCUCGGUUGUUGUGGUUAUUUGCUCUGAUAGAACUUUUCAUAACACUGUCAAGCAGCUUUUUCCAAGCCUACUGGAAUGUGUUAUUCUUUAUUUCUUCCCUUGUGGUAUUUUUUUUAAAGAAGCACUAUCAGACAAUCUGUAUAAAACAUGGAUUUUUUACUGUUGUUGUGGGUAAUGACUUACAGGCUCCUCUAACUGACUAGGGCUCUUUCCCCCACUUUUGAUAGCAAAUUAGAGCAGAACCCCUCUGUUUAUUUUAGUUGUAGCCCAAGGUUAUGAUUUAUAGCAGGAGAAGCUAAAAUAGCAGUUGUUAACUCUUCCAGUCUGAUGAAAUCAGAUUUGCCUGAUUUUAGUCUCAGCUCCUGCCUUGUUUUUUCUCUGGGGAGGGAAGUCAUCACUCUUUUGCCUUCUGCAGCUCUGGGUUGCUGAACUUACCCAGUGGUUUCUCAUGUAAGCAGGUGUUGAAGAGCUUUGGUUUGCUCCUAUACAGAAAACUCUGGUGUUUGUUUCUCUCUCUCUGGGGAAGCUCAAGUGCACAUUACAGUGGAGAACAGCCUUAUGUUGGGAUAUAAAGGUCACAAGUGUUUCCUUUCACCUCUCCAGUGGGAGCCAGGCUGACAUACACGGGAGGUGGCAACAAGUCUUUGCAACAAAAGGAGCUUUUGGGGUGUUUUUCUUGAGGGAGACCUGCAGACCAGUCAGUCCUUUCUGUGUGGGCUCUGUACCUUCCUUGUCCAGCUCUAGCAGAGUUGAUUUCCUCCUCUGGGGAAGAAUUGAUGCUGUUCCUGCAUUCCAUGAACUCUGUGUGGGAGACCUCCAGCACCAGCAGUGUGUUGUAUCCAGCUCUGUGACAGUACACUGCUUUGCUCACCUCCCAUUAAAUGUUUCCAGAGUGAAUAUCAGGGAGUAACAGAAUAUUUUAAUUGGUGUUUUUAAAAUAUAUUUCAAAAUGUGUUUUGACUUCUUUUUCCAUUGUUGCAGGUGAAGGAGGAGAAGGGUGUGUGAACACCCAUGAAUGAGUUGUGAUGGAUAACAAGGACUCAGAAGCUGAGAUCCACCCUCUGAAGACUGAGGAUGUAAAAGCUCAGGAGAACCAUGAACACUAUGUGGAGAGGAGGAUUAUCAAGUCCUCGGGGCUGUCCCGGCUGUCCCGGUGGCGCACUGCUGCCUUCUUCAUCUCCCUCUUCCUCUGCCUGAUCAUUGUGUUUGCUUUCUCCUUCAUCAUUCCCUGCCCAGAGAGGCCAGUUUCAGAAAGAACAUGGUUCCAGUACUACAACAAAACAGUGCCCUACCCAUUCCUUGCUAUAGCAGAUGUGAGUGAAGACAAAGUACAGGAUGUGCUCUUUGCAUUCAAAUCUGGCAACAGCAGCAGAUUCAACAUGUCCUGUCUGGAUGAAGGGCUGCCAUCUCCCUGUGCCUUCGUCGCUGCAGUGUCUGGCAGGAACGGCAGCGUGCUCUGGGAGAGCCCAGCUGCAGAGGAGGUGCAGUGGCUGCAGUGUGACAUCCAGCAGCUGGGCACAGCAGCAUCCCCGGGCUGCCUCGUGGUGGAGAAGCCACUGGCCCUUACAGCACUCAGCCUGAACACAGGGGAAGUUCUGUGGAGGCAAUCCCGUGACUUUGGAGCUAAUUAUACUGUGCUGACUCCUUUAUCAGUGAUUCCAGAUGUGGAUAAUGAUAAAGUUCAGGACCUGAUGAUCUUUAUUACUAAAGAAGGCCAGGUGAAGGUCUUCAUCUAUUCAGGAAAAACUGGCCAGCAGCUUGGCUCCACGGGCAGCCUGAGGGUGGAUGGAGCCGCUCGCUACGUCAGGCUGCAGCUGCACUCCUCCUCCUCCUACUUCCUUUUCUACACAGAGAAGUCUGUCUAUGCAUAUUCCCUGAAAGACCUGUGCAGUACAGUAGUUGGGGUGGAAGUUAAGCUUUCCAGCUUCCAGCUGGAUUCUCAUUUGGAGAAGAACAUUGACCGUGCCACGCACCUCUUAUCCCCUCUCAGAUUCGAAGACAUUCGCUACCUGACAAAAGUUCCUGGGCACUCACGGGACAACAUCUUGGUUGUGGACUCAGAGAUGGCCAAACUGAUCAACACAAAAGAUCUCCACACUGUGUGGACCCUCAAUGUGUCCCGUGUUUUGAGUGAGCCACUGCUCGGUUACUACAAACCUGAUGCCCAUGGUGUUGUCCUGGAGAGUGAAAUUGGACCCAACAGGAAGAAGGUUAUGAUUGUUGAGAGUGAAUCUGGAGCAGUCCAGUGGGAGCUGAAGCUGAACUCAGGACCAGGGAGCCCUGGCCCAGCCACCCUUCCCACUGCAGAUCACCGCUCUGCCUUCCUCAUGUGGGGGGACUUCCAGGAGCCAGGCAAUGACACAAGACCCGGAGCUCCUCUCCAGAAGCUUUACCUUUUCCAUCCUUCCUACACUAAUGUCGUGUUGGAGCUUCGCAACAGCACUGACCAAAUCAUUGCAUUCACUGCGGCGCUGUUUGAGCGGAGCCGUCACGCCUGCUACGUGCUGCUGCGGGGCCCCCAGCCUGGAGAGGGGCCAGGCCCCGUGUCCCUGAUGAAGAGGAAGCUGAAGGAGGACGUGGCAGUGAGCAGGGUGCUCUGGCUGCGCCGCACACCCGGGGAUGAGGAGCAGCACAUCCGGGACCGCCUGUACAGGAUGCGAUUCCAGAGCCGAGAUUGAGCUGAAGGGGAACGGGAGAGGCUGCCCUGCUCUGCAGCCCUGCUCUCAACAAGCCCAGAGCCUGCAGUCCCAUGGGAAGCUGCCUUUCUUGAUCCACAAACCAAAGUGUGGCUGGCAGGGAAGCACCCCCAGUGUCGAGGGACAGCCAGGCUGUGGGGGCAGCCUCCAGAGUGUCCGUCCUCAGAGCUGAUGGGACUUCAGUGCUUGGCCACCACUGAAGUGUCAUCAGCUCGGGGAGGAGGGCUUUCCCCUCCAUCCCUCUGUGCCCACAGAACUGUGCUGACUCAGGAGUGUGUCUGGAGGAAAACAUGUGCUUGCUGAGGUGCCAGAAUUGAUGAUUUCUGGGAUGCCUGAGAAGUGGAGUUGGAUGUCUGGGAAGUGGAGUUUGCUGUGUGGUGUUAGAUUUCCUUUCUGAGUCAGCUCUCCUGGCUGGGGAGAGGUGCUUGGCUGCAAGUUGAUUUGCAAUUACCCUCUCCUGGAUUUGGGCCAUGCUUCAUUAGUGGGGGGGGAGUGUGGUGACCCCAGCCAUGGCUGUGGUGUGUCUGGUGUCACUUGGCCAGCAAAGCACAGGUUAAAGUGUCAUUCUACUUAGCAAAUGGCCUUUUCUUCCAAGAACAGCCCCCUGUGUCCUACUCUGCAGUCACCAGCCUGCCUGUGUCUGUGUCCUCUGCUGCUUCCUGCCCAGCCAGGCUGUGCAGAGUUGGUGGCACCAGGAGGGAGCUGGUUUUCCCCCUGAUGGGUGCAUCAAUGCUCCUCCCUUCCCUCAGCCUGCUUAUAGGUGGUGAGAGACCCACCCUGAGCCCAGGCUGGCUGGUCCAUGGAGGUACCACCACCACCUCUCCAGCUUUAAGGAACCAGAGGAUCUGGCUUGAGUAGAAUUGCACUUUAACCUUUUCUGGGAGCUGGGAUUGCUGCUCUGGGAAGCCCUGGCAGUGCCAGCACCCUGCUCAUUCAGCCUUGCAGCUGCUGAGGAGCCUUCUCCAAGCACUGUUCCUGCUGCCAGGAGGUGGGCAGGAGCUCUGUGCUGCCUCCCUGCCCUUGGAAUUGAAGUGAUGCUGGGUGAGGAUCCUCGAGCACUCUUCUCUCUGCCCAGCCUGCUAUGCUGAGGGGAUGGGACAGGUUGCUGUGUGAAGAUGAGAUGUGUCUCCUGGAGAUCCAUGUAGCACCAUGAGGUGUUUGCUCUGCCCUGCCCUGAUGGGUGCCAGUGCAGGCUGUAGAAACAAGGUGCAGAGCCUUGAAAACAGUUUGAACCAGCUACUCAGUCCUGAAAAUAAAAAAUAGACCUAAAAAUAACCUCUCUCAGGCUCUGCAGGGCUGGAGGGGGUUUGGCCAGUGCCUCCCUCCCUUGCUGAGUCUGACCCUGGGGGAUGUGUAGAAACACUGUAGGAUGGGAAUGUGCAGCAUCAGGCAUCAGCUCUUCCCUUCAGGCACUGCUGGGCUGAAGGUGCCCCUGGGCAGCUGCUGUCACCAGCUCACAGCACAGCCCCAGCCCUCCCAGGCUGCCUGGGCACCUCCUGCUUCCAGCCCUGUCUCCCUGUGCCCCAUAGCCUGGGCAGUCAGGGGAGCCAGCCCUGGGCUGUUGGCUGUGCAGGAGUGCUCCACAACCUUCAGAGCACCCUGGCCUCAAAAUGAUGGGCUUGCCCCUGUGCCUCUCUUCCCAGCUGUUUCCUGAGGGAGUCCAGGAGUGCAGGGAGGUUCCUCAGCUGUGUCCCCCAGCUUGAGUUUCCUCUUUGCUCAGCACCUUAGGCCUGACAGCCCCCCGGGUCUCUGUGCCAGUGUUGCAGCCAUGAGGGGCUGGAUUGAGGCUCCCCUUCAGCCAGCUGGGGCAGGGCACCCCAGGCUUGCACUGCAGCCCAGCCUGAGUGCUGGGUGGGGAUUGUUUCCUGCUGAGAUUCCCCUGGCCGGGAGCAAGGGGAGUGCCUGGGCUGUGUUCUCAUCACACUCUCCCUCCUCAGAUCCCUACCCAGACCUGACCUUCCCAUAGGCACACUGAAUGUUCCUUGAGGAGAGCUGGAUUUUCAGCUUUGAGGAGCUUUCCUGGCUUUAAGUUGUCCAGAAAUGUUUCUGAACACUUUGGAAACGCAGAUUUCGCCGUGGCAGCUCAACUAAACGCAUCAGUGCCAAACCAGCACCUUCUUAACAAAACCAGUCUGUUUCCAGCUUGUUUCCUGUGUAAUUGUUUUGUUUGGGUUUUUUUGGUUUUGUUUUUUUUUUUUUUGUUUUUUUUUUUCUUUUGCAGUAUUUGAUGGAUGACUUUGUGCCUUGAUUCAAUAACUCAGCUGGGUGGCAAUGGCUAUAUCACUGUGUUAUGUGUUAGUGUGGUUUUUAACACUGAGACUGUUUGGUUUGGUUCUUUAACUUAUUGCAAAUUGUGCCGUACAGGACUCGCUCUAACCAGAAGGGUUUCAAUAAAUCCUCUUUUGCAUUGUUUGUAAA